AUCUGCUUUCUUGCUCUCACUCCCACCCACUACUGUUGUUGCCUACUAUUUACGAUGUCCGAACGUAAAGUCUUGAACAAAUACUUCCCGCCAGAUUUCGAUCCGGCUCUCAUUCCGCGGAGGAAGCAGCCAAAGAACUCGCAGCAGGUGGUUCGUCUGAUGGCCCCUUUCUCUAUGCGAUGUAACACAUGCGGUGAAUACAUCUACAAGGGGAAGAAGUUCAACGCGAGGAAAGAGACUGUCGAGGGAGAGGAUUACUAUGGCAUCAAGAUCUUCCGCUUCUACAUCAAAUGCACGCUCUGUUCAGCUGAAAUCACUUUCAAGACAGACCCGAAGAAUACAGACUACGCUGCCGAGCAUGGUGCAUCACGGAACUUCGAGCCAUGGCGGGAGGAGCAGGCCGUGGAGGAGGAGGACCGGCUCGCUAAGCUCGAGGAGGAAGAGAAUAACCCGAUGAAGGCGCUCGAGAACCGAACAGUCGACUCGAAGCGCGAGAUGGACAUCCUCGACGCGCUGCAAGACAUUCGCGCACGCAAUGCCCGCAACGAACGCGUGGGCCAAUCUGUCGAUCUGAUAGAGCGCACCGGGAUGGAGGAGAUCGAGACGGAGGAAGACAAGGAGCGAAAGCGGCUCGAAGAGGAGGACGAGAAGCUCAUAAGAGAGGUGUUCGCGAAGGUCCCUGUGGCUGGUGCGGGCCCAUCUUCGAGCCGCUCACCGGAGGGGAGCGCUGCGAAUGGCGAAGCGUCGCCGCCGGCGGUGGUGACGUUGAAGCGGAAAGCGGACGGCGUGGAAUCGGACGUGCAGAGCUUGCUGCCGGAGGAGGCGCGGGCGUUGAUUUCGUCGAAGACCAAGGUGUUCGCGCCGCCGCUGCUGAAGAAGAAGAAGACAGACUUGAAGGGCACGCUAGGGAUCAAGAUCAACAAGGGGAAGGCAGUGGCGAAGUUUAAAGUUGCUGUAUAGAUAUUUUGUGGAUCACUUGAUGGACUUUUGUGUAUUCUGGACUAACUUAUGGUACUGUUCGCGCAUCAUGAUCGCACUUAUACAUUUGCAUCCCUGACGCGAGGUUUUAUUUCCCGGCGGAAAAAUGGUAGGCGUAGUCUAGCUAACGAAAGGCUAUUGUCUACAACAACGGCAAAGUAUACGUAUGGCGAGAUGGCUAUUAGUCUGUAGUAGAAUGCAUGUGUCAGAACUGGUCGUACGUAUCAAGUUUGGCAGGUUGUCCGC